AUGGAGCGCUACGUCAACGUCAACCGGCUGCGGAGUCUGGAGAGCAAGGUGGGGCCCGUGACGCUGGACGGGGCGGAAAGGGCGGCGCGCGAGAUGGCGGACGACGCGCUGAAGGACUUCGUGGCCGACAAUCCGGGCGUGUGGGCCGGGCUCGACCAGCGAGGGCAGGAGAUCAAGCGCAAGCACCUCCACGCGCGGGUCGUCGAGUGGCUCAACCGCCACCUCCUCGAGCCACCGACGGUGUCUCUGUCCUGA